AUGUCUUCCUCAGUCCCAAUUCCCUUCUCUGAACCUUCCUGGCUCAUGGGCCUACCAUCUCCAUAUUACAACACAUCACAUCGAAAAUGGCAAAAGACAUGUCGAGCACUCGUUUCGGAACUACUAGGCAAUGCAUCCGAGUGGGAGAAACAAGGAGAUGUACCAGCCGACCUCUACCAAAAGUUCGCCAGCGCCAACUUUCUGAUUCCCAAUCUCCCAUCCCCACUUCCCGUCAAAUGGCUCCAAAAACUCGGUAUAACACACCUACCAGGAGAACUCCCCGUCGAAGAAUUCGACUACAUGCACACGCUAAUCUUCACCGACGAGAUGCAGCGGUCCGGAUCCAUGGGACCCUCCGGCGCCACCAGCACCGGCUUCGCCUUCGGCAUCCCUCCCAUCUUAAAAUUCGGAAGCGCCUCCCUCCAACAACGUUUCCUACCCGAUCUGCUGACCGGCAAGAAAAGGAUCUGCAUUGCGAUCACCGAACCCGGAGCUGGGAGCGACGUGAGUGGCAUUGAGACGACGGCGCGAAAAAGUGACGAUAGGAGGGAAUGGAUUGUAGAUGGAUGUCUUUCCCUGCUCAUUGUCCCGCUUCUAAACCAUGCUGGCGUGACGAUGCGCCGGAUACCCGUCGGCGGGCAGACUGCUGCCGGAACUACAUAUAUCGAGCUUGAUUCCGUCCGCGUGCCUCUCGAUAACAUAAUCGGAACCCCGGGUCUUGGCAUGAAAUAUAUGAUGCAAAAUUUCAACUACGAACGACUCAGCAUAUCGAUAUCCGUAGACCGAUGUGCGCGCACAGCACUCAGCGCCGCCUUCGAAUACGUGAUGAGGCGCGAAGCAUUUGGCAAAACACUCAUGGAGCAGCCGGUCGUGAGACAUCGGUUGGCGAAAUGUGGAGCGCAGCUCGAGAGCCAUUGGGCGUGGAUCGAGGGAUAUACGUGGGUGAUGACGCGACUGAGCGAGGAAGAGGCGAAUCGGGAGUUGGGGGGGUUGACGGCGUUGGCGAAGGCGAAAGCGGGCAUGGUGUUGGAAAGUUGUGCGAGUACUGCCGUGUUACUUUUGGGGGGGAAUGGGUAUACGAAGAGUGGGAUGGGAGAGAUGGUUGAGCGAAUCUUCCGCGAAAUCCCAGGAGCCCGCGUCCCAGGCGGUAGCGAAGACGUCAUGCUAGAUCUCUCUAUCCGCCAAUUAGUCAAGAACUACCAGUAA